UUGGCAUUCAUAUUAAUAGACGAUUUUAACAACUAAAUCGUUAACUACUUUAAAUAGUCAAACGUUUACAUCAGUUUUGCCCUCCCAAUAAUCACUCGCAGUGCUAGAAAGUUGCUAGUUGGUUAACGUUAGCCUCCAGAUGUGAGUUAGCAUAAGAACUUAAACUAAAUAAACUAGUUCAUUUGGCCGUAAUCUGACAAGAUAUGUGGGUGGAAAAAAAUCGUUUUUUGGACGUCUUGUGGAGAAAUUCGCGCAGCUGACUGUCAUAUGCUGCUAUUGAACCUGAGAGAGAGAAACCUCGUUCACUGACGUAGAAAGACGGGGUGCAGAAUGCCGCCUGUGUCUGGAGUCGGCACGGGUCCCAUUGAGGAAAGCUCUGGGGGUCUUAAACGUUCAGACUGCCUUUGUCCGGUCUGUCUGGACAUAUUCCUGGAGCCGGUCACUUUGCCCUGUAUGCACACCUUCUGCAAACCCUGCUUUCUGGAAACCGUAGACAAGGCCAACAUGUGCUGUCCGCUCUGCCGAAAACGUGUGUCCACAUGGGCGCGACUCAACAGCCGGAACAAGACCUUGGUGAACGUGGAGCUGUGGAGACGCAUACAGGAUGCUUUUCCCACCCAGUGUGAGCGGAGGGUGCAGGGAAUCGAAGAUGAUGAUGAUGCUGUAACCAUUCCUAGACCCCGCGUGUGUCAGCCGGGAGAGCUGAGGAAGGAGUAUGAGGAUCAGAUCAGUAAGCUGGUGGAGGAGAAGCGAGCUCUAGAGGAAGCCGAGAGGAGAGCCAGUGAGGAAUACAUCCAGCGCCUUUUGGCUGAGGAGGAGGAGCGUUUGGCAGAGGAGAGGAGGAGACGGGAGGAGCAGCAGCUGGAGAACGAUGAGAAACUGGCCAGACUGCUGAGCCAAGAGCUGAAUUCAGGACCAAUCUCUGAAACAUCAUGGAACACCAAGCCUACUGAUAAUACACCAGCAAAGAAGACAAAACCUAACAUGGGGGUCAUUGAGAAGUUUUUGCGCCCAGUACCUCAUAAGCAGCCGAGCAGUUCUGACAGCAGCCCAGACUCCUCUCUGAUGGCUAAUAAGGAGAAUAUUCUGAGCCCCCCCAAAAAACCCUCAACACAAUCUGUGGAGGGCACAAGCAAACUGUCCACGCCUGUGCUGGACUACAAUGGGAAACCCUCCACCUCCAGCUCCAGUCCCAGCCGCUCAGAACACACAUUUGUUUUUAACAGUCCGAACAGCAGCUCACUGAAAAGGAAAAGUACAGAGGUCGAGCUUCAGACCGAAGCGGAUCUGCUCACUAAGAAGCCCUGCGCUGCUCUGCGGUGUGAGUCUCCUUCAGCCGACAGCGUGUUCCUGUCUGAAGUGGCGCAGUAUGAGGAGGCCUUACAGACCCGCUGGCAGCAAGAGGAGGAGGACCGGAAACUGGCCUUGCGUCUUCAGAGGGAGCUGGACCGCGAAAGCACCGUGGACCGCAGCAAGGGUUCGGCCGACAGCUAUCCGCUUAGGCAAAAACCCUCUCCGGCUUCCACGAGCGAAAACCCAGACGUGGAAAAUUCAAGAAAGAACGUCAGCACGUCACGGUCUACUACGAGGAACAGCACGGGACGCAGGGAUGGUGAGAAAACCGAAAAGAGACUGUCUAGGACUGCAGGAACGACCCCUGGGAAGAAUCCUGCAUUUUCGCCUUCAGCAACUGUCCCGACUGGUUUAAAGAAGGGGGUGAAGCAGACCACACUUACUGAGAUGUUCCCCAACCUGAGCAGCUGACUGAUGCUCUGCUGCUUUUAUCUGGUAUCUUAUUCACCCUUCAGACUUGAAACUCUUGUUAGGGGCUGCGCUGCUACUGUAGCCAAUUUCUGUUCUUUUUUUCGGUUGCUAACACUCCUUCAGUGCCUUUCCAGCGAGGGAAAAGUGACUGUAAAGUCAUAAUGACAGUUCUGUUUCCUAGAGCGUUUAUAUAGUCAUGACUAGCUAAGAGUUUAAAAUGGUGUGAAUGCUGAAAAGGAAAAUCAUUUUGUAAGCAUUUGCAGGCAUUAAUUCAAUAAAAGGAAAGUUCAGUUUACUAAAAACGUGUUAUG